CCCCCCCCAAAAAGCGCUCUUCGUCCCCCUCCCCCCCCGACCGCUCAUCGCAAAAUCUCCAACACCCAUCCCCCCGCCAAGACUCCCGGCAAUCCCUCUCCAAACAUUGCGCAUAACCCGUCGGCCGGCACCCGCAAGCUAGAACCGCCUCCUUGAGUCCAUGGUCGCCUCUGAUCGCGGCCCCGGAUGAACACACUGCGCAGCCAUGAGCACUAUUUUGACAGAUCGGCAGGCAGAGGAGCUUAACAAGGCCAUAGUGGCAUACCUCGGCGUUAUCAAUGCUCCAAAUACCAUCGUGGCUUUGCGACAAGAAGCCAACAUCCCCGCGAGCUUCGACGAUGCGACACGGAAGAAGUACGAGGGGUUGCUGGAGAAAAAGUGGACCAGUGUGGUGCGGCUGCAGAAGAAGGUCCUCGAACUAGAACAGCGGAAUCAGAGCCUCCAGAAUGAACUCGACUCGACAACCCCGACUUCCCUCCUGCGCAGAAACCAAGACCCCACAAGUUGGCUACCUCGAGCGCCUGCACGCCACACCCUCCAGUCGCACCGACAGCCCAUCACAUGCGUCGCCUUCCACCCCAUAUUUUCGUCCCUCGCCUCCGGCUCUGAAGACACUACAAUAAAAAUCUGGGACUGGGAAUUGGGAGAACUGGAGCGUACAGUAAAGGGACACACCAAGGGUGUGCUGGACGUCGACUUUGGCGGACCAAGGGGCGGAACACUUCUAGCAUCAUGCUCGAGCGACUUGACCAUCAAACUGUGGGACCCUUCUGACGACUACAAGAACAUCCGCACGCUCCCUGGCCACGACCAUUCCGUCUCGUCAAUUCGCUUCGUCCCCAGCGGCGCCGCUGGCUCGCCCUCUUCCGGCAACCUCCUCGUAUCUGCCUCCCGGGAUAAGACACUGCGAGUAUGGGAUGUCACAACAGGAUACUGCGUGAAGACAAUACGGGGCCACGGAGACUGGGUACGCGACGUUGCGCCAAGCUUUGACGGCCGGUGGCUACUAUCAGCAGGAAACGACCAGACGGCACGACUAUGGGACGCCAACUCGGGCGAGGCUAAAUGCACAUUUCUGGGCCACGAGCACUUCAUCGAGUGCGUCGCCAUAGCGCCUCCAGUAUCCUACUCGAGCCUCGCUUCCCUGGCCGGUCUUAAGAAACCGCCUCCGCUCAGCAGCUCCGCCGAAUUCAUGGCCACAGGGUCACGGGAUAAAACAAUCAAGCUCUGGGACGGCCGAGGAACGCUCAUCAAAACCCUUGUCGGCCAUGACAACUGGGUCAGAGGUCUAGUUUUUCACCCCGGAGGCAAAUACCUUCUUUCGGUGGGCGACGACAAGACGAUCCGCUGCUGGGAUCUCACGCAGGAAGGCCGGUGCGUGAAAACAGUCGAGGAUGCACAUGGUCAUUUCGUAAGCUGCAUUCGUUGGGCGCCAAACGUAGUCAAAGAUGUAGCGGUCAAUGGGGAAACAAAUGGCACAGCUGUAAACGGCGUAGCGAAGAAGAAAGAGGAAGGAGCUUCAAAAGCAGGGAUAAGAUGUGUCAUUGCGACGGGUAGCGUGGAUCUUAACGUCCGCAUCUUCGCGUCAUAAGGAGAGAUGCAGGCGUUUGAGCAGAGGUGCGACGGACACCCCUGGACGCAAUUCGAAUCUUGAGUCUGAAAUGCCUAUCUGCUCUAUCAAAGCUCAGAAAGAUAAGAAGCUCUCAGGGUGACACAGCUUCGAGAGAUUAAGAGCGUAGGCUAUAGCUACGGUCGACUUGAAUAUCACUUCUCCUUACAGUACACUGCCGGACAAUCUGCGGACUUUUACUAUUUUCUCCUUUGUUCUUCACGAGACCCAUGUAAGCAUACCCCUCUCUCGAGCUUUUGAUGUCGACUUGCUUCUUACUCAGCGCUGAAAGUGGCGUAUCGGAGUUUGGCGUGGGAAACCCGCGGGACAACGCAGUUACUUAGGUUGGGUUAGGUUGGGAUGACUGUGGAUCAUCG